CGGAGCUUCCUAGUUACCACCUUUCUUCUCUCCUCAUCCGAGAAGUCACAAUCUCGAAUCACACUCACCAAACAACACAAACAUUUCAUUAAAACCGCUCAACACUAUCAUUUCAUGGCGACUUCUCUCUCCGUCUCCUCCUCAGCCACUUCCAUCUCCGUCACCAAACCAUCACUCUCCCCAACCUCCACCUUCACAUCACCAAUCUCCUUCACACGCUCCCUCUCUCCUAACCUCUCCCUCAAAUCCCACACCCACCACAUCUCCAUCUCCACCACAAGAUCCUCCUCAACAACCAUCACCUCCUCCAUCUCCCUCGGAGACAAACUCCCAGACUCCACACUCUCCUACCUCGACCCCACCACCAACGACGUCAAAACCGUCACCGUCUCCUCCCUAACCUCCGGUAAAAAAACCAUCCUCUUCGCCGUCCCGGGCGCCUUCACACCCACCUGCUCCCAGAAACACGUCCCUGGAUUCGUCUCCAAAGCAGGAGAGCUCAGAUCCAAGGGCGUAGACGUCAUCGCGUGCUUAUCCGUGAACGACGCGUUUGUGAUGGAAGCGUGGAGGAAGGAUCUUGGGAUAGAGGAUGAGGAGGUGAUGAUGUUAUCUGAUGGGAAUGGAGAGUUUACGGGGAAGCUUGGUGUGGAGAUGGAUUUGAGGGAUAAGCCUGUGGGACUUGGGGUUAGGUCGAGGAGGUAUGCGAUUUUGGCGGAGGAUGGGGUUGUUAAGGUUUUGAAUCUUGAAGAUGGUGGGGCCUUUACUAACUCUAGUGCUGAGGAUAUGCUUAAAGCUCUUUGA